UUCUUUAUUAUUAAUGUGUCAAAGGUUAUGUUAUACCCGUCCGCUUCAAAGCUGUCUUAGCUAAUAUGAGAUGAGGAGAUCGUAAAACAUGGAAUGGAUCAAAAUGUCUAGACAGCAGCUUUUAAGCACUGUAAAUGCGAUUCAGACCGUGACACGGCCAUGGUCUAGACACAAAGUUAGCCGUCGGAGUAUGGCCUCAGAUGCGGCAACCCGGUUCGAUUUUCUGGUGAUUGGUGGUGGAUCUGGGGGUCUAGCUGGUGCACGCAGGGCGGCGGAGCUCGGGGCCACUGCCACGGUGAUUGAGAGUCACAAACUCGGAGGUACCUGCGUCAAUGUUGGCUGUGUUCCUAAAAAGGUUAUGUGGAAUACUGCCGUUCAUGCCGAAUUUUUGCACGAUCACUCUGAUUACGGGUUUGACAUUGGAAACGUUCAGUUCAACUGGGAAACCAUCAAGGCCAAAAGGGAUGCAUAUGUUAGUCGGCUGAAUCAUAUCUAUCGCAACAAUCUUGACAAGGCUAAAAUUGAGACGAUUCAGGGUCAUGCCAGGUUCACAAACGACCCUGAACCAACUGUUGAGGUGAAUGGGAAAAAGUACACAGCGCCCCAUAUUCUCAUAGCCACAGGAGGGUACCCUUCUCUCUUGAGUGACAAUGAUGUCCCAGGGGCAAAUCAUGGCAUUACCAGUGAUGGCUUUUUUGAACUGGAAAGCCUUCCUAAACGCAGUGUCAUAGUAGGGGCGGGAUAUAUUGCAGUGGAAAUGGCAGGCAUUCUUUCCACACUGGGGUCCAAAACGUCUGUCAUUUGUCGACAGACAGGGGUGUUGAGAAACUUUGAUGCCUUCAUAAGCACAAAUUGCACCAAAGAAUUGCAGAACUCUGGCAUAGAGUUGUGGAAAAAUACUCAGGUGAAGUCAGUGAGUAAGAAAGACAAUGGCCUGCUAGAGGUCACACUGGUUACCAAAGACCAAGAGAAGAAAAAUGACGAGGAGAAGAUCAACACCAUCCAGGAGGUAGACUGUCUGUUGUGGGCCAUUGGCCGGGAGCCCAAUACCUCUGGCCUCAACCUCAGCCAGGUGGGUGUGGAUAUUGAUGAGAGAGGCUUCAUCAUUGUAGAUGAGUUCCAAAACACCACUCGCAAAGGCAUCUAUGCCGUAGGAGAUGUGUGUGGAAAGGCUCUCCUCACACCUGUUGCCAUUGCAGCAGGGCGAAAGUUGGCUCAUCGACUGUUUGAGGGAAAGAAGGAUGCCAAGGUUGACUACUCCAACAUUCCCUCUGUUGUUUUCAGCCACCCGCCCAUUGGAUCAGUGGGCCUCACGGAAGAGGAGGCCAUUAAAAGCAGGGGGAAAGAGAAUGUGAAGUCGUAUAAGAAGUCUUUCACCCCAAUGUAUCAUGCCAUCACCACCAGGAAGACUCAGUGCAUCAUGAAGAUGGUGUGUGUGGGCAAGGAGGAAAAGGUGGUUGGCCUUCAUAUGCAAGGCAUUGGCUGUGACGAGAUGUUGCAGGGCUUCGCGGUAGCCAUCAAGAUGGGUGCCACUAAAGCAGACUUUGACAAUACUAUUGCCAUUCACCCCACCUCAUCUGAGGAGUUUGUUACAAUGCGUUAACAACGGCGACCUCUUAACCCCUUCCUUUCUUAUACAGGAUUAGUGGGCAUCGCAAGUGGCUCGGCCAACGUUUCUCUGCAACAGCUCGAUGACGCAUGUCCAAUGACAGCUCUCUACUUCCAAUUUACUCUCAUUCAGGUUCUCUUUUAUGCACAUCGCUUAAAUCUUUUAGAAAAUGCCUAAAUGGACCAAGAAUAGGAAUUUACUGCUUUAUUCAGUUGUUCUGUGGAUGUUUAAGCAGUUAAUAUUCAUUUAUUAAAAAAUACCAGGUUUUGUACUGACUGUGAAAUGGAAGUGGUGGAUCUAUAGGCAUUUUUGUCAAGUCGUUUGCAUUGGGAGGAAUUCUCUCUUGGUGUAACCACACUUGUCGGUCAUUGUUUUGAAACCCAAACACUGCCCCCAUUUACCAGCACUAGUAGGACACUAUUUAACUACUACUGAAUUGCAAUAGAUGCAUUGAAUAAACUGGCAAACUUGCAUCUUCAUUUUCCAUUCAAA